AUGCCAAAGGCAGUUGGGAUUGAUUCGAUAACAAGUGCAAGUACGAGCCAAGGAAAAGCUCCCCCGACUUCGACGGUUCAUGAAACGAUAACGGUUCCUACUCUGACAACGACGCCACGCGCACCCAAAUGCGACUACACGGCGGGCAGGUGGAUAUACGCCGCGGAUCUCCCGCGCUACUCCGGCAACCCCGCCAAGACCAAUUUCUGCCCGUUCAUCCGGUCGUCGUACAACUGCGAGCGCAACGGGCGGCCGGACUCGCUGUACCGGCAGCUGAAAUGGAAGGCCAAGGGGUGCGACAUCGAAUACUUCGACGCCGAUGGAUUCGCCAAGAUGAUGAAAAACAAGCGCAUGCUACUGGUGGGCGAUUCCAUUAUGGGAAAUCUGUACGAGUCGCUGCUGUGCUCCAUUUACACGGGCGGAUACGAGGCGGAGAGAGGCCACAAGCCGCUGAACAGCGUUAAGGCUAUUUUCUUCCCGACGUUCAACUUCAGCGUCGCCUAUUUCUUCUCGCCCUACCUCAUGGACGCGUUCCAGCAGCAGGCCAACGGCGCCAAGCGCGGCGGCGCGCACGGUUACGUCGUGAACGUGACGUCAGUGCACCCUGUCGUGGUGCGCCUGCUGCCCAUGUAUGACGUGGCAGUAUUUUCGUCCGGCACCUGGUGGCUGCAGAACGUGCCGGGAAGGAAGCAGCCGAAUACGUUUAUGGUGAACGGGGUGGUGCAGCAGAACAUCACGAAUCUCGAGGCGUUUAGAACGGGGUUAAAGACCCUCGCGAAUCACGUGAAGCAGUCUAAUUUCUCGGGAAUCCCGUUCUUCCUGACCUUCAAUCCCAAGCAUGGCCCAGUUAUGCGCACAGCACGGGGGGACGGGGCGUGCGGGGCAGUGCAACCCAUCGGUCCCAAGGGCGCGUUCAAGUGGUACGAGUCGAUACGAACAGCGGAGGAGUAUUUUAAGAUGCAGCGGCACGUGCUAACGAGCAGCAGCAACAUGCGGGUUGUGAAGGUAACAAGGAUGUCUGAAAUGAGACCCGAGGGGCACCUGGGGAUGUGGUGGCAGAAGAGGGAUAAUCUCACCGAAGCAUUAGCAACACCAGAUUUGGGUGACUGCACACACUGGUGCUUGCCUGGCGUGCCUGACGCGUGGCUCGAUGUCAUGUACGCUUACAUGCGCCUAGAGCCUGUGCUCAACCCUGGCACUUGA